GAUUGAAAGCAAAGGCUUCUUUCCCUAGCCAUUGCUGAAAAGAAAAAAAAUAACUCCAUUACCAGCACAGGGUCGCAAUCUUCUCGGGUUUCUCUUAAAAACCUUCAGAUUACAGACUUUUCGGCGCUUAUGUUUCUCUAGCAAAACGCUUAGUCGAGACCAUUAUGGAGGUCUGAAGCCGGAAAAGAUACGUUUUUGCCUCCAAAACAGUCGUUUUUCCGGCCGCAGCAGAGCGACAACUGGUCCUUCUUUUUUAAGGUGCCCUCUCUUGCUGCAUUCAUUUUGCGUUUUGAGAUCAAGGUAAACGUCAGCUGGCGGCUGGGAGAUGAGGAAGCCUCGGAGGAAGUCGAGACAGGCUGCCGAGGGCCCGCGCUCCCCGUCCCCCUACCGCCUGAAGUGCUCGCCCACCCGGGAGACGCUCACCUAUGCCCAGGCGCAGAAGAUGGUGGAGGUGGACAUCGACGGGCGGCUGCACCGCAUCAGCAUCUUGGACCCGCUCAAGGUCAUCACGGAGGAUGAAAUGAUGGCGCAGGACAUCAGCGAGUGCAACAGCAACAAGGAGAACAGUGAGCAGCCGCUCAGCCCUGGCAAGCCUGGCAAGAAGCCGCCGACCACCAAGGGCAAGAAGAAGGAGCCGGCCAAGAAUUCCUCUUUGGGUGCGGGGGGUGGAGGAGGAGGGGGGUCCCAUCACCACCACCACCACCAUGCCCUGCCCAAGCCCACCUUCAAGAUCCUGGAGUCCUUCACUCCGACGGACGCCCCGCCCAUGCCGGCUGCAUAUUACCGCUACAUGGAGAAGUCGGUGGACGAGCUUGAUGCUGAGGCGGAGUACGACAUGGAUGAGGAGGACUUCGCCUGGCUGGAGAUGAUUAACGACAAGCGCAGGUCUGACGGGCAUGCCUCGGUCUCCCCGGACACUUUCGAGGUGCUCCUGGACCGGCUCGAGAAGGAGUCCUUCUUGGAGAGCCGGAGCCAGGGCCCCUCUCAGACAGUCAUCGACGAGGACGCCUUCUGCUGCGUCUGCCUGGACGAUGAGUGCCACAACAGCAACGUCAUCCUCUUCUGUGACAUCUGCAACCUGGCUGUCCACCAGGAAUGCUACGGCGUGCCCUACAUCCCAGAGGGCCAGUGGCUGUGCCGCUGCUGCCUGCAGUCGCCUGCCCGGCCUGUAGACUGCGUCCUUUGCCCGAACAAAGGCGGAGCCUUUAAACAGACAAGCGACGGUCGUUGGGCGCACGUGGUAUGCGCCAUCUGGAUCCCCGAGGUCUGCUUUGCCAACACGGUGUUCCUGGAGCCUGUGGAAGGGGUGGAGAACAUUCCCCCUGCCCGCUGGAAGCUGACCUGCUACAUCUGCAAGCAGAAGGGGGUGGGCGCCUCCAUCCAGUGCCACAAGGCCAACUGCUACACCGCCUUCCACGUGACCUGCGCCCAGCGGGCUGGCCUCUUUAUGAAGAUUGACCCUGUGCGGGAGACCAGCGUCCAUGGGACCACGUUCUCCGUCAAGAAGACAGCCUUCUGCAAGGCCCACUCCCCGCCGAGCACCAGCAGGAAGAAAGGAGCCACGUCCAACAGCGAGGGGGAAGAGGAGGAGGAGGAGGUGGAGGAGGAGGAGGACGAGGUAAGGACCCGUGCGCACCACAAGCGCACCCUCAAGAAGGCGUCCAAGCUGAAGCGCAAAAUAAAGAAGUCGAUGGAGGUGGCAGCCAGGCGCUCCUCAAUGCCUAUGGUGAUGGUGCCACAAAUCCCUUUGCACAGGUUAAAUAAAAUCUGCACUGGCGUUUCUGUUCAGAGGAAGAACCAGUUCAUGCAGAGGCUGCACAAUUACUGGCUGCUGAAGAGACAGUCCAGGAAUGGCGUUCCCCUGAUUCGCAGGCUGCACUCGCACUUACAGUCGCAUAGAAACACAGAACAGGUGGAACCGGACGAGAAGACGAGUGCGGUGAAGGAGGAGCUCAAGUACUGGCAGAAGCUGCGGCACGACCUGGAGCGGGCGAGGCUGCUGGUGGAGCUGAUCCGCAAGAGGGAGAAGCUGAAGAGAGAGCAGGUUAAAGUCAGUCAAGCAGUAAUGGAACUCCAGCUCACUCCCUUCAUCGUACUCCUACGCACAACCCUGGACCAGCUGCAGGAAAAGGAUUCCGCACAGAUCUUUGCAGAACCAGUUGACCUGAAAGAGGUCCCAGAUUACCUGGAGUUCAUCUCCCACCCCAUGGAUUUUGCCACCAUGCGGACGAAGCUGGAGUCUCAUGGGUACAGGACCUUGGGCGAGUUUGAAGUGGACUUCAACCUCAUCGUCAGCAACUGCUUGAAAUACAACGGAAAAGACACGAUAUUCCACCGGGCCGCAGUGCGCCUACAAGAGUUGGGCGGAGCUAUCCUGAGACACACCCACCGGCAGGCAGAGAACAUCGGCUUUGACCGGGAAACUGGCAUGCACCUCAGAGAGUCGCCCAAAACAGAGGACUUCUACCGCUUCUCCUGGGAGGACGUGGACAACAUCCUGGUCCCGGAAAACCGCGUCCACCUGUCCCUGGAGGACCAGCUGAAGGAACUGCUGGACAAGCUGGACAUGGUGAGCUCCAUGCGCUCGAGCGGCGCCCGCACUCGCAGGAUACGCCUGCUACGCCGCGAGAUCAACAGCAUCCGGGGUAAGAGACUGCUGCACAACGGGGAGCGAGGCCGUCACCCGCGGGGGGAGGAGACCGACCGGGAGCACAGCCAACACCAGCUGGGGGAGGAGACCGACCGGGAGCACAGCCAACACCAGCUGGGGGAGGAGACCGACCGGGAGCACAGCCAACACCAGCUGGGGGAGGAGACCGACCGGGAGCACAGCCAACACCCGCUGGGGGAGGAGACUGACCGGGAGCACAUCCAACACCCGCUGGGGGAGGAGACUGACCGAGAGCACAGCAAACACCCGCGGGGGGAGGAGACCGACCGGGAGCACAGCAAACACCCGCGGGGGGAGGAGACCGACCGGGAGCACAGCAAACACCCGCGGAGGGAGGAGACCGACUGGGAGCACAGCAAACACCCGCGGGGGGAGGAGACUGACCGGAAGAAAGCCCGGGGCGAGGAGCGAGGGGGCAGCCCUGACAGAGCAGGUGACACAAAAUCCACCCCACCACCCACCCUGGAGCCCACGGGACCCCCCCCUUCCCUCACAGAUUGUGAUGCCCACGAAGAGCCGCCCACCCUCAAGCCCAUGGGAGGGGGGGUUGAGGGCAGGGCUCAGAGCCGACUGCAUAAGCGCUUGAAAUCGGACAGCGAGAUCCUGACCAGCAAGCGGCUCCAGAGGGAGAGGGAGCACGGCGGUGGAGCCACAACCCAGCGGCUGCUCAGCGACAGCGGCGUCAACGGGAUCCCCGGUGUAGGCAGGCGCACCUCCGUCCUCUUCAAGAAAGCCAAAAACGGGGCGAGGCUGCAGAAGGGCUACGAGAGCCCACUACACAACGGGGACGAGCACGGACCCCCGGCCCGCAAGAGUGGCACCUCGGAGAGCGAUGGGGAGAAACCCCCGCGCAGGGCGGCAGAGGCAGGGUUAACGAACGGCUUUGGAAAGCACGCACAAAGUGGCUCAGACUCGGAGUGCAGUUCAUCAUUCACGGCUGCUGUGCCGGUUGAGAAAGACGGGAGCACUUCUCCUCCCAAACGCAGUCGUGGAAAGCCAGCACUUUCCAGGGUUCCCUUUCUAGAGAGCGUUAAUGGGGACUCUGAUUACACCUCCACAGGCAGAAAUAUCUUGAUGCCAUUUGAAAGCAAUGCAGAACUGGAGACUUUGGACCUUGUGUGGGCAAAGUGCAGGGGGUACCCUUCGUAUCCGGCGCUGAUUAUCGACCCCGAGAUGCCGCGGGAAGGUUUGCUGCACAAUGGUGUCCCGAUCCCGGUCCCUCCUUUAGAUGUGCUGAAGCUGGGGAAGCAGAUGCAGAGCGAAGCGGCGGACAGGCUUUUCCUCGUCCUUUUCUUUGACAACAAGAGGACCUGGCAGUGGCUUCCCCGUGACAAAGUCAUGCCCCUGGGAGUGGAGGACACGAUGGAUAAGCUGCGCAUGAUGGAGGGGCGGAAGACCAGCAUCCGCAAGUCCGUCCAGGUGGCGUACGACCGCGCCAUGAUGCACCUGAGCCGAGUGCGGGGCGAUCACGCCUUCAUCACCUCCAAUUACCUCUAGAAACACAAAACAAGGCUGUGUUUGUAUUAAAGGACAACCAAAACUAUUGAAGUACUGUUCCGCAAAAACGUCACAAGAGCUUUUUUUAUUUUAUUUUAUUUCUAUUCAUUUUCAUUCACGUCUUUCUGAAGAAAGAGAAAAAAGCAUCACUGCCAUUUCUUGUAAUAUAAUAGCUUUUUACUUUAAUCUUUUAUGAACCUCUUCUUGUACAUGGAAAGCACAUUUCAUGGUACUCUUGUUUUUGCAAUGCAUUUUCUGAGGGCACUACGAGCUAGACGAUUAUGUAAAUACUUGUAAAAUAAUGUUAUACAUUAUUGUUGGCUGCACCAUUCAUUAAGCGUCUCUGUGGUGCUUACAGUUCCCUUUUUUUAAACCACAAAAAUGUAAUUUAUUUAAAAGAAGAAGAAACCAUGUCGUUUUGACAAUUGAAAAUACUAGAUGAGUUAUUA